AGCUGCCGUCGCUCGGCUGGCGCUUCGAGCGGCCUGGGCCCCGUGGUGUGCGGGGCUGGAGCGGCCGCCGGCGGACUCCGUCGACCGCUGGCUGCUGGAGCAGCUCGCCCAGCCCAAGGCGCCCGGCGAGGCCGCCGGGGCGCGGGACCCGCUGCUGCCCCGGCCGCGCCUCCCGAGGGCUCGCGCGUGCUGCUGCGCGAGCUGCUGGCGGAGGUGCCGCUCCGGUGCCCCAGCCGGGCCUUCGGGCCCCCUGCCCGGGAGGCGCUGGAGAGGUACCUGGCAGGGGCCCGGCGGUGGCUCGCGCGCCCAGGGCAGGCGGACGCAGCGGAGCUCGUUGCCGGCGUGGGGUUGUUGGAGACCUGGCUGCGGGAGCACGGGGCCAAGGGCGCGCGGCCGCGAGGCCCUGCGGAGUGCCCCUUCCGCCGCAAGCUCGACGAGCUGGCCUCGGACUCGGGCCCGCCCCGCGCC